CCCUCUGCUUCGGUUGGAGAACGGGAACUAAUAAGAAUUAUGGCGGCCGUGACUUGGCAUGCUAGGAAACGAUGUUUUGAAGUUCUUCAACAACGCAGCCUUCGCUUAAUCCAAACAAACGCCUCAUUAAAAUGCUCAGGAGAUUUAAAAUGCUCUCAUUUGCGAAAGAGAGGACUGUUGAAAGUGAGGGGAAGAGAUUCCGUAAAGUUUCUGCAGGGACUCAUCACAAACAAUGUGGAGUCUUUCCACAAGAAUGUAGAACGAAAAGCGAUGUACGGUGUGUUUUUGAACGCCAAUGGUCGCACAUUAUACGACACUGUUCUCUAUAAACACGAUAGAAGUGGCGACGUACCUGCAUUCUUUCUUGAGUGUGAUGUUAGUGUGAUUCCAGACCUUACAAAACAUUUAAAGAUGUUCAAACUACGCUCGAAAGUCGACAUCAUUUAUGCAGAAGAUUACGCGCCAUGGGUGAUAUUUUCAAUGUCAGGGACUAUUGACCUCAAAGAUGUGUCGAGUAACUCGGAUAUUAAAGUGCUGGUGAAGGAUCCUAGAGUUGAGCAGUUAGGAUUUCGUGCGGUGUUGCCUAAGGGCUCAAGUCCAUGUGUUUGUCUUGAAGAUGUCUACGAGACAGGAGAUAGCUUUGAAUAUGACGUACUGAGAGCUAAACUGGGAAUUUGCGAGGGAGUGGAUGAAAUACCACCGGGAAAUGCAAUGCCCUUGGAAUACAACAUUGCAUAUCUUAAUGGAGUUUCUUUCAAUAAAGGCUGUUAUCUUGGACAAGAACUUACAGCUAGGACUCAUCACACUGGAGUCAUUAGGAAGCGAACGGUUCCAUUUAAAUUUAUUGACCCCAAAGCAGAUGCAAGCCACUUUGAGUCAGGAGCAAGAGUAAGGACCUCUGAUGGGAAAGCAGCUGGCAAGGUUUGCAUGAUAUAUGGACAGUAUGGGGUGGGGCUGUUGAGACUGGAACUGAUAAAGAAGGAAGAGGCACUCCUUAUAAAGAAUAAAGAGGACAAGGAUAUGGAAGUUAUUGCAUCAUUGCCACAUUGGUGGCCUGAAGAUGGUCAUAGCUUUGUGUGAAAUGCUCUGAGUGAUGAAGAUGCUGGUAGGAAUUUUAAUCAGAUCUGUUUAGCCAAGAAUGAUGAGCUGUUACAGAACUUAAUUGACUUGCUGUACUUUAUCAGAAUCUUGUGUCACUAGUG